AUGGUCCUGAUCGACAAGCAUGUCUACACCUCGCGGGAGGAGGAGCGAUUAAAGGAAGAUCGCGAGCGCAUUCGUUACUGGAAAAAAUGGGGUCCGUAUGUGGCCGAAAGGCAAUGGGCAACAGACUUCUCUCAUGAGCACGCGCGGUCGCGAACAUAUCGCUGGGGCGAAGAUGGGAUCGCCGGUGUCUCCGAUACUCAUACUCUACAGAACGUUGCAUUUGCUUUCUGGAAUGAAAAGGACGAUAUUCUGAAGGAACGUCUAUUUGGCUUGUCAAACCCUCAAGGAAACCAUGGAGAGAGUAUCAAAGAAGCUCAUUUCCACCUUGAUAACACUCCAACGCAUUCCUACAUGAAAUACCUCUACAAAUACCCCCAGAAGAAGUUUCCUUACGAGGAUCUCAGAGACGAGAAUGCGCGCCGGUCGAGAUUGGACCGCGAAUACCAGAUCCUAGAUACCGGCGCUUUCGACGACAACCGGUACUGGGAUAUUUUCAUUGAGACGGCCAAGGAAGACGAUGACGAAGAGGAACUCCUGUUUCGCGUUAUUGCCUACAACCGAGGCCCUGAGCCGGCUCCCUUGCACAUCAUCCCCCAUGUGUGGUUCCGGAAUACCUGGGCCUGGGGCUACGAGGAUCAGUCUCACAAGCCUUCCAUCGAAAAGGUCACCCCCCUGACAGCCAAGUCUCACCACAAGAAGUUAGGUGAAAGAUAUGUACGAUUCUCCCCCUCCCCAGCGGCGGGAAGCAACCAGGAGGAUAUCCUGCCAAAGAUGCUGUUCACGGAAAAUGAGACGAAUAACGAGCUGCUCUGGAAGUCUGAAAAUGAUCAGCCGUACGUGAAGGAUGCAUUCCAUCGCUACAUCGUCAACGGCGAAAAGGACGCGAUCAACCCGGAGAACAAGGGCACUAAGUUUGCUGCCUGGUAUGCUUUCAAUGAGGGUAAUGAAAUCCCUCCAGGCGAGUGUGCUGUUGUCCGGUUCAGGCUGUCCCGAAAGGUCCAGCCGUUCAUUGACGAGGAGGAACUGGAUGACACUAUUGAACAGCGUAUAACGGAGGCCGAUGACUUCUACUAUCACAUCAGCCCCUUACCCAUGAGCGAUGACCUACGAAACAUUCAGAGACAGGCAUUUGCGGGCAUGAUGUGGACGAAGCAGUACUAUCAUUUUGUCUGGGAUCAAUGGGCAAAUGGCGAUCCCGCGAUGAUCCCACCGCCCCCUGGCAGGAAGCAUGUUCGAAACCAGCAGUGGAAACACUUGUACAUGGAUGACAUUCUUUCGAUGCCCGACUCCUGGGAGUAUCCGUUUUUCGCUGCGUGGGAUACUGCUUUUCACUGCAUCCCUCUCGCGAUGAUUGACCCCGAGUUUGCUAAGAAGCAGCUGGAUCUUCUCACUCGAGAAUGGUAUAUGCACCCCAACGGACAGCUCGCUGCAUAUGAAUGGAACUUUGGUGAUGUAAACCCUCCCGUCCACGCAUGGGCGACGUUCCGGGUUUUCAAGAUCGAGCGGAAGAUGUAUGGCCGGCAGGACCUAGACUUUCUCGAACGGGUGUUCCAAAAGCUGCUCCUCAACUUCACGUGGUGGGUUAACCGUAAAGACUCGGAAGGAAAGAAUGUUUUCGAAGGAGGCUUCCUCGGUUUGGAUAAUAUUGGGUUGUUCAAUCGUUCCGAGCCUUUGCCCACUGGAGGCGUCUUGGAGCAAGCGGACAGCACUGGGUGGAUGGCCUUCUAUUGCUUAUGCAUGCUCAACAUUGCCUUGGAAUUGGCUAAACACCGGCGGAUCUAUGAAGACAUUGCAUCCAAGUUCUUCGAGCAUUUCAUCCUCAUCAGUGAUGCGAUGACAUUCAGGUCGGGAGGUGAAGAGGCUUCUCUGUGGAAUGAGGAGGAUGGGUUUUACUACGAUGCUAUUUCUUACGGCGAACCCUGGACUCAACAGCUCCCCGUGAGAUCCCUCGUUGGCUUGAUUCCGUUGUAUGGAGUCCUCACGCUCGAGCCCGAAUUGAUCAACCAAUUCCCUUCUUUCAAGCGCCGACUGGAGUGGUUCAUUGAGAAUAGACAAGAUGUUGCCGAGCGCAACAUUGCCAGUAUGAAACGUCGUGGCAAAGGCGAGCGUCUCCUCUUGGCACUGGUCAGCAAAGACCGCCUGGAAAAGAUCUUAAAGAGGAUGCUCGACGAAACCGAGUUUUUGUCUGAGCAUGGUAUCCGAUCCAUGUCUAAAUACCAUGGCGAGCAUCCUUAUUCUAUGACGGUCAAUGGGCAGGAGUUCCGUGUCAAUUAUGUCCCUGGUGACUCGGACAGUGCUCUGUUCGGCGGAAACAGCAACUGGCGCGGACCGGUCUGGCUGUGCGUCAAUUUCUUGCUGGUCGAGUCGUUGCUGCGCUUCUACAUGUUUUACGGCGAUAAAUUCCAGGUUGAAUGUCCUACAGGGUCCGGGGAAUAUAUGCAUCUCGGGCAGGUUGCCGAGGAAAUCCAACACCGGUUGCAGCAUUUGUUUGCCCGUAACGAUGAAGGACGUCGAGCGGUACACGACAACUCUGACCUUCUCGACUUCGACGAGCACUGGAAAGAUUACAUGUGGUUCCACGAAUUCUUUGAUGGUGAUACUGGACGGGGCCUUGGAGCUUCUCACCAAUGCGGCUGGACUGGCUUGAUUGCCAAGAUCAUCCAUGACACAGGAAUAAACUGCCGCGUUCCGCAAACCCCUCGCUCCCCGUACGCGGCGGCAUCCCACUACUUUGAUGAUAUCUUUAGCCGUUCCCGACCACGCGGCAGCCGUCGACCCAGCGUCCGCCGAUCGUCCACGAGUCGUUCCAUCGGGAACCGAAGCGACUUCGAAUCGGCCUUUGGUGACACUACCGCUGCAGAAAGUGUAGUGGACGAUGAAGAGAAAGACCACGGUGUGAACGACCAUGUGUCGCAUUAUGUAGAGAGUCAGUUAGAGCGGGUGAGAAGCCGAGUGUCCAUGGGUGCAUAUGAGGAUGAGUUUGAGACGCAAGCCGAUCGGAAGCCGAAUGGGCAUUGA